UCUGUGUAAUUGUAUUCCAAAUUUAAUAAAAGAAAAAAAAAUUGAAAAAUGAGAAAGCAAAACUGGAAUUUUGCUCCUCUCUGAUUGCCACAUGAGCAAGAAAGUAAGCAAAGGUGUAAGCCAAGUGUGUAUUAGAGAUUUAAACAAUGAGGCUAGCCAUGGACACGAUAUCUCCCGUUCACCAUGCCAAGUAUUCAAAGCCCUAAUCCUACACAAGCCACGUUUCAGGUCAUGUCUGCCUUCCUCCUCAUAUAAGUAUCGGCAGCGUUACGGGUUAUGGUUUCUCAAGCUCACCACCCGAAUUAAAUAAAAAAAUCACGAAAAAAAAUCCUCAAUUCUUCUCAAAAAGUUCUCACAAUGUCGACGAUGGAGAUGAGUGGUGGUAAUAGCAGUGCUGGGGUUGCGGAGAUGAGUGGUGGUAGUAGCAGUGUUGGGGUUGCGGAGAAGAAGCUGGCAAAGCGGCCAGCGCAGGGAAGCUCGAGGAAGGGUUGCAUGAGGGGGAAAGGAGGGCCGGAGAACGCUAUGUGCACUUACAAGGGCGUCAGGCAAAGGACGUGGGGGAAAUGGGUGGCUGAAAUCCGCGAGCCCAACCGCGGGGCCCGGCUCUGGCUCGGGACUUUCGACACCUCCUAUGAGGCUGCUCUGGCUUAUGAUGCCGCCGCCAGGAAGCUCUACGGUUCCGAGGCGAAGCUCAAUUUGCCAGAUCAGCAAGCGCCUAACUAUCACCAUUAUCAACUGAAUCAGCACCUGCAGCAUCAAGUAUUUCCCUCGCCGGCCAAUCCCGGCGUGCCACCUCAAAUUCCGAACCAAACCCUUGUGCAGAACAAUCCAUCAGGUACUGGGACUAAUCCUGCAUGUUAUGCUGCUCCUGUGAAAGAUAUUGCAGUACCUGUUAUUCACAAUAAUUUUCCGAAUGUAAAAGUGGAUCAGCCCCUCGGAAAUUAUAAUUCUGGCGGGGCUGAGACCCUGCCGGAGCAGGGCGGCAUGAAAGUGGAAAAUAAUAUGAGUAGUGGUGUGACCAAUGAAGGAAUCGAUAGGAUAUUUUGGGGGAACAUAAGCGAGAGCUUUCCGGUGUUUGAUGACUCAAUAUGGACGGAGGCAGCCAUGUCGCUUGAUCUUCCCGGGGUGGCUGAUCAAGGCAUUUUCGGCUGUGGCUUCGUGGAUGGAAACUUCUGGGAACAUCGCACUCGUCUCAAUGGUGCAUGAUGUAAAUCAAAUUGAAGGUAUAGAGAUCAAAGGUGGUGGCUUGGUAAAUAAAGUUGCACAAGGUACUCUUCAAUGCUUCAUAUGUGCAAAUAUAUAUAGUAGGGGGUGUAUAUAUAGUACAAAUAUAUAGAGGUAUGUAUAAAUGUCCAUAAGGCUGCGGCGCGCAUGAGUUUUUCUCUGCUUUGUCGUGGUCAUUCCAAUGUGCUUUAUAUAUCAUAAACCAGACCAAUAAGGCUUUCUUUUUUUAAUGCUUUUAGUUUUAAGUCUAGGAGUGUACUCUAAAGAAUGUAAUGUGCUGGGUAUUGUAAAAGAGUCGCAGCUUGCAGGGUUUGUUGCAAGUGCCAUUGUGUGUAUGUAUGAUAUGAAUAAAAGGCAAAUACAAGUAAACAAUGUAUUUGUAGCUCUACUAUUUCUUUCUAUA